GUGACUGAGGAGCCGAGGCGUGCAGAGCUUCUCAUCUGAUACAGAAGUGUACAGGUCACCUCUGCAGCACAUCAGCUCCACAGUUUUCCUCUAGCGACUCAACUCCAAGGAGACAUCACCAUGUCCAUCUCGGUGCAAUCCAAUGGGACAGUUCGCCUGGUCUUCAUGGGAGCUGCCGGCGUGGGCAAAACAGCCUUGAUCCAGCAGUUGUUAUAUGACCGCUUCGAGCCAAGACACCAGUGCACGGUGGAGGAGGUCUACUGCUUGGACCCGGAGCCAAAUGCCCUCCAGUUACGUAUCGAAAUCGUGGACACCAGCGGCAGCUACUCCUUCCCAGCCAUGCAGAAGCUGCGUAUCCAGCAAGGAGACGCCUUUGCCUUGGUCUUCUCGCUGGCAGACCUAGAGUCCUUCCAAGAGGUGGAAAGACUAAGGGAAGAGAUCCACCGGAUCAAGGGGGAGACCGACGUGCCCAUCGUGGUCAUUGGAAAUAAGACGGACUUGUUCCCCGGCGUGGAGUCUCAGACAGGACAGCUCAUGGCACUACAGGCUGCUGCUACUGCAGAACUGGAAUGGGACAGCGGCUACGUGGAGACCUCAGCCAAGCUCAACCAAAAAGUCCAGGAGGUGUUUGAGGAACUGCUGCGAAGGGUUAACCUCCCGUGCUUACUGAGCCCUGCCUUAGAGCGGCGCCGAGCCAGCGCACAACCAGAACCCAGGAAGAAACAGCCUCGCCGGAAGCAGCAGAGUUGUAUCUUGUCUUAGAGGAACCCUGGUCCCCUGAACUGACGGAGAUGGAAAAUUUAGGAGAGGCUGGGCGCUCCUGAGGAACGCAAGUCAUGUCGCCUCUUCUGAGCCAUAGGUCGCCAAGUGUGGCUCUUUGGCGUUUGCGGGACCCAAAGUCCCUGUACAUUGUGCUAACCAGAAUCUGAUCUGUGCUGCUGGGACUUAUAGUCCUACGGUUGGUUACUGGUUGCCUUUAGGUCUUGUGCACACUAUGUAGAUUUGUGAAUAUUAUGGGAGGGGGUAAUAUCCGUAACGCAAUACCAACUUUGAUCACCAUAGAGGUCAAUGCGAUCAUUUGUUCUAUGCUAUUUGCCAUAAAAAAAUGUUCAAAAAAAAGUUGAAAUGGGUAAAAUCUAGUGUGCAUAUGGCCUAUAGGUGCUGGCGAAGUGGUGGAUACAGUAGGAAAGUUUUUAGGCAUUGAUGACUUGGAUCAAAUUUUGCUGCUGAUUAUUAUAAUUUUUUUUAUGUAAAAAAAAAUAUUUUUUUUUUGUUUUACUAUAGGUAUGUCAUUGUAUUUUACAAGUGUUCUGGGGAGGGGUACCUUAAAGCGCCUGCAAAAUCUUUAUCAGGCCCCCUAUGUAUAUCAUAUGUCACCUAUACGUCAAAGACUCUUUGGGAGCCCCCCUAUAGGACCUAGGCGGCCUCUGCCCCCCCUAUAGCUAAGCCCCUGAUUGUGUUGCUUGUGUUUCGACCACGUUUCGGCCACAUACCGUAGUACGCCUGGGAAUCAAUGAUCCUGUGUGGACUGAAAAUAUUUGCACAGUGUGGGCCCAGCCCGAAGCUUUUUAUAGGACAGAAUGUAAUGAGCCAAGCACGUUCCCUUAUCGGGGCGGUUUAAAGGGCAACGCUGAUUUUUGUUAUUGUUUUAUUUUUAUUUUUUCUUUGCCGUGUAAUGUCAUCCAUUGUAUUGAUGAUUGGGAGGGGGGGGGGGGGUGCUUGCACUUUGCCGAUCAUCCACCAAUGGCAUCAAAGAAUGUACAGUUUGAUGAUCAAUCAAUAAACAAUGUGAAUUUAACAAAAAAAAA